ACUGUCCCCUUAGCCCGGGUCACUCGGCUGAGGCGGUGGGUGCAGCUUUCUGUGCUGUGAAGUGACUUUCUCCCCCGUCUGUGCUCUGGGAGCAAGUCCCCAAGUGCAGCCUACACUCGGGAAGGAGCGGGGGCAGGGAGUGCUGCAGAAGCCAUUUGGAAUUCUUUCGUAAGGAGAUGUGUUUCUGCACCCAUCCUUCUUUAUUCAAUCGAUUAUAUCUGUUUGGAGGCAUAAAUACUUAUUUUAGAAUUUCUGUUCAAAACCACAUUAUUUUGUUGCUUGAAUUGUUCCAGCUUUGGCCAUUGGGCGCAAGCAGUGAGUGAAACCCCCGGUCAGUGCAGGGACAGGAAAGUCUGCGUUUCCCCGGUGCCUGGGCAUCUAUCUGGUCAGGGAUGGGGAGCCCCCUCUGCAGGAAGGAGGCAGGAGAGGAGAGGGCAGCUGGCACCCCCAGACUCCCCCAGCCUGCGGGGAAGGAGCUUCUCACCGGCUCCAGGGAGGAGGGAGGCAGGACCACAGGUGGAGACGCAGGCAGAACCCGGCCUUGGCAGGGGCGGAAGGCGGUGUCAACCGGUUUCUGAUUCUUUCCACCGGGUUUGGGCCGGGAUCGGGGCUCCGCUGCUGGCACCUGGCGUGUCCGGGGCUCAGCACCCUCCGUCCGCCCCUCCCUGCACGACGGCCAUUUGACACUGGGUGGUGCUGACCAGCUCCUCCCGUGGCCAGAGGGUGGGAGGCCCCUCAGACCACUGCCCCCCAACUUCAGAGUCCGGGCUGCGGCUGCGGGCGCGGGGCCGCUGACGUAAUCGCUGGGUGAAGGGCCGGCCCUGCAGGUCUCAGGUGAUGGAUGCGGAGCAGGCAGCCCGCGCGGUGCGUGACUCGCCCAAGGUCACACGGCGGGGCCGGACCGACCCCGGCGGCGUGAGCCCCGCGGCCGGCGGUCUGAGCGGCUCCGGGUGCGGAGCGGGGACGGAGCGGCGGGCGCGGCGGGAAGGGCUCCUGUUGUGGGGCCGGCGAGAGCGGCGCGGGCGCGGGGGGCUGGUCCCUCCUCGGGCUUCCUGCGCCCGUCACCUUCCCGCGACCCUUCCCGGGAGAGGCGUCCGGGGGAGGCGGGAGGGGCAGGCAGUUACCUCAUCGGCGAGGCGGCGACUCCGGUGCCGGAGCGGGAGCAGGACGCAGGGAGCGAGGCGCCCGGAGGCAGCACGGCCCGCGCCCCGCUCCGCGGCGGGACCCUCGCGGCGAGGAAGCCGGCCCCGCGCCCCGCGCCCCGGCGGCGCUCCCGUCGCGCUGCGGGCGGAGGCGGGGUCUGCGCGCGGCGCGUGGGUCCGGGCUCCCCGAGCUCCGGCGCCCGUCCGCCGGCUGGGCUGUCGGUCCGCCCUCCCGCCGCCCGCUCCGUCCUCCCGCCCGGCCGCCCCGGCCCCGGGUGCUCCGGGGGCGACGAGGAGCGCGGAGGGGCCCGGGCGCACCGGGCAGGGCGCGCGGGGCGCACACAGUGGCGCCGGCCCAUGAGGCUCCCCGCGCGGGGCGCGGCAGCGCGCGCCGGCCAUGGGGGGCAGCCUGCGGGUGGCCGUGCUGGGCGCCCCGGGCGUGGGCAAGACGGCCAUCAUCCGCCAGUUCCUGUUCGGGGACUACCCCGAGCGCCACCAGCCCACGGACGGGCCCUGCCUCUACCGGCCGGCGGUGCUGCUCGACGGCGCCGUCUACGACCUGAGCAUCCGCGACGGGGACGGCGCUGGACCCGGUCAGAGACCCGGAGGCCUCGAGGAGUGGCCGGGCCCGAAGGACUGGAGCUUGCAGGACACGGACGCCUUCGUGCUGGUCUACGACAUCUGCAGCCCCGACAGCUUCGACUACGUGAAGGCCCUGCGGCAGCGAAUUGCGGAGACCAGGCCGGCAGGCGCCCCUGAGGCGCCCAUCCUCGUGGUCGGCAACAAGCGGGACCGGCAGCGGCUGCGCUUUGGGCCUAGGCGCGCCCUGGCCGCCCUGGUGCGCAGGGGCUGGCGCUGCGGCUACCUCGAGUGCUCGGCCAAGUACAACUGGCACGUGCUGCGCCUCUUCCGCGAGCUGCUCCGCUGCACCCUGGUGCGCGCGCGGCCCGCUCACCCCGCCCUGCGCCUGCAGGGGGCGCUGCACCCCGCACACUGCAGCCUCAUGUGACCAAAGCGGACCCGAAGCUGCUGGGGGAGCCGGACCCUUGACUGGACCAACCAGGGGCCUGGAUUGGAGGAGCUGGCCCAGCUUCCUCCGGAUUGGACAGGACAGUCUCCUCCCUGAUUGGAUGAGGAGAGCUCCCGCCCAGUUUCCUUUCUUUGAAUUUCAAUUGGACCCAGACAGGCCCCAGGCCUCAUCAGACAAGAUCCGUACCUUCUGGGCAUCAUUGAGUCGUUCACGAGCCCGAGGAACUUGACUGUGAAUCUGGUUGGAAGCUCGCGGGCCGCUCCGGGAGCCUCAUUGGGCCGAGUCUUAAGCCACACCUUCCGGGAGAUAAUAAAGAGGGAAGCGUUGCAAGUG